UAAAAAUAAUAAUAUCGUUUUCAAUGAAUACCUAAGUCCUAAAGGGCCAAAGAAAAAAACAAAAAGAGAAAAAGGGUAGAUUCUUCUAACCGGGUCAAGUUAAAAAACAUACCAAACCCGUUUCAAUUCCGGGCCCUUUAUCUUCUCCCACAGUUAGCUAGUAGCUCUUCCAUUAACAAGGGUUUCCAUCACUCUCUCUCUCUUCCCUUCUUUUCUCUCUCUACCCCUACCAUUUCCUUCUUCUCUAUCUUUCUUCCAUUAAACGUACAAUUUCUCCACAUUAUUAUUAGGGUUUCCAAAUCUAAACUCAUUUCUUCUUCUUCUUCUUCAAGAUCUACCAGUGUCACUGUUCUUCAUCAUCUAUACAUACAGAAUCAUAUAUAUCUAUAUCUAUAAAGAUAAUGCAUUCGGGUUUUGAAAUACCCGGAAUCCAGCAGCACCUGCAGCAAUCAGCACCCGAAAAUAAUUUACUAUCCAUGAACCAAACCCAUAUUACUCAUGACCACCAAAUCCACCAUCACUCACUACCCACACCAACUCAGCAACUAUUCCUCGACCACCAGCACCAUUUCCUUCCACCCCACCACUACGGCGGCGCCGCCGCCUCCUCUCAGGCGUAUUUCCCGGUGAACUUCAAGCUAGGUCUGAACGAAUUCUGCUCCAGAUCAAAUGAUUAUAGAGACUGCAGCAGCAGUAUUAAUAAUAAUAAUAAUAAUAAUAAUAAUAAUGAAAGAGGUGGUGGUGCAGCAGCAGAUGGUAGCUUUCUUCGUGGGAGUGAGCAAUAUGAACUCCCCGAGGAGAGUACCCGACACCCUUCUCUCGGAAUCCUCCAUUGUUGGCAGAACCAACAAGAUUCCCCUAUUAAACAACCCCGCUUCUGGGAACCAGUGGCAGCAGAAGCAUCCAAUGAAAACAGUGAAAUAGUAGAGAGACAAGAACACUUGCAAAUGCAUCAUCAGAAAGAUAUCAUCAGCAAAAGUAGAUCAGUACAUUUUGGCGAGCUGGAAGCCAUUUACAAUUCUACUCCUACUUCUAAUAAUAUUAAUAAUAAUCAGGCUAACCAAACAGGCCCUAGCCCUAGUCAUAGUCAUAUUCCGCCGCCCGUGACCGCCCACUUGCCGCUGUCCGAAGAAGAAGCGGGGUCGGAUUCAUUGAAGAAUAACAAUGCUGAUAAAAAGCCGAAGAAUAGGAAGAAGAAGAAGAAAACGGAAACUAGCUAUAUGUAUAGCGAACUAGUUGAUCCAAUGUCCGAAUUCUUCGAGAACUUCACGAAGCAAGUGAUGGAUCAUCAAGAAAGUCUUCAUAGGAAAUUUAGCGAAGCGGUCGAGAGAUUGGAUGAAGAGAGAAGGGCUAGAGAGGAGGCUUGGAGGAAUCAAGAAUUGGCGCAUUUUGAGGAGGAAUCUUUGGCUAGGGCUCGUGAUAGGGCUUCGGCGAAAAGUCGAGAAGCCAUGAUUGUUUCGUAUUUGGAGAAAAUCACGGGUCAAAGAAUCGAUUUUCCGUCGGAAAUCGAACGUGGUAGUCUUAAUAUUAGUAGUCAUGAUUUCCAAAAGAACGGCGAAAUGCACGAGGAAGGUGUUAAUUAGUUAAUUAAGGGCUUGGAUUGAACCGUUGAUUGAAUUAUCGACUCGGGAAAUGGUGGAGAAAUGGAGUAGCUAGCAUGAUUACAGAACUAGGGUUUAUGUAUGUUUUUGCUGUUUAUUUGCUUUAAUCCGUAGUUAAUUAUUUACGCUUAUUCCAACUAAAUUAUAGCACUAGCUAUUGAAUUUUGAUAUAGAGGGGAAAAAAAAUGACUUUCGUUGGCAUGUUGUACUUAUUUGUCUUUUUAAUAUUUAUGAUAUCUACUAGUCAUGCAUUCUUGUAUCUGCACUCUGCAGAUAUAAUGGCCUACUGCAUUUAGAUCAUCGGUCGAUCUUUUGGAAUAAUUAAUUAAACUUUUUGUUCCAA